CCCAUCAUCAGCAUCUAAGAACACAAUACGCGCACAGUCAUGUCACCCAAGUGACCAAUCGCAUGUCUCGGGGGCGUGGCCAAGAAGAAACGCCGCAUCGUUAACCGAAACGCCGGAAAGAAGCGAAUAACGGCGCUGCAGGAACCCGGCUCCCGGUGCGGGGUGGACAGGGAUUUAUAUAACCCAAUGGAUGCGGAUUGCAGAGCGCUCCGGCGGUGAAUCUACAUCAGGGAGGUAAUAAUGACCAGCAUAUUACAUGCAGCGUCGGAGGUGAAGUGGAAUAAGAGCGCAGCGGCCAGACGAGCCGUGAUCCUCGCCGCUGCGGCGUACGGGAUAAAAGCCAUUUCCCCGGUGAUCUACAGACGGAUCAUCAGUAAGCGCACGGAGCCCGAAAGCACCGCGAACGGACUGGUGCCGACGCACAGAUCCACAUUAGAACCCGUUUCCGUUACCGAUGACAAUCACAGGUCUCCUGGCGUGGACGCGCGGUUCUUCAGACAGAUCCUGGAUCUCAUCGGGAUCGUCUUUCCGAAGCUUGCGACCCGAGAACUGGCCUUGCUCGGCUUACACUCGGCGGCCCUGGUCUCGCGGACCUUUCUGUCCAUCUACGUGGCCGGUCUGGAUGGCAAGAUCGUGAAGAGCAUCGUGGAGAAGCGGCCGCGCAUCUUCGUCGCCAAGCUGAUGAAGUGGCUGCUCGUGGCCGUGCCCGCCACGUUCGUGAACAGCGCGAUCCGCUACCUGGAGGGGAAGCUGGCGCUGGCCGUGCGCACGCGCCUCGUAGCGCGCGCCUACGAGACCUACUUCGACGGGCAGACGUACUACCGCGUGGCAAACAUGGACGCGCGGCUGGCGAACCCCGACCACUCGCUCACGGAGGACGUCGCGAUGUUUGCGCAAUCGGUCGCGCGCCUCUACUCCAACCUCACCAAGCCGGUCCUUGACGUGAUCCUCACCUCGUACACGCUUAUUCAGACCGCGAGGUCACGCGGCGCAGGGGCCGAGGGGCCCACGCUGCUAGCCGGCCUGGUGGUGUUCAUCACCGCGAAAGUACUGCGCUGGUGCUCCCCGACGUUCGGCCAGCUGGUGGCUGAGGAGGCGCGCAGAAAGGGACAUCUGCGCCACGCCCACUCGAGGAUCAUCGCUCACGCGGAGGAGAUCGCCUUUUACGGAGGGCACAAGGUGGAGAUGCUGCAGCUGCAGAAGUGCUACAAGGCUCUGGCUGAGCAGAUGAAUCUGAUCCUUUCCAAGCGUCUGUGGUACAUCAUGAUCGAGCAGUUCCUCAUGAAGUACGUUUGGAGUGGAUGUGGUCUUGUCAUGGUGGCAGUGCCCAUCAUCACUGCUACCGGCUAUGCUGACAACGAACUUGCAGACGGCCAAACACAAGUGUUAGUGAGUGAGCGGACAGAAGCCUUCACAACUGCACGCAAUCUUCUCGCUUCAGGGGCAGAUGCCAUUGAGAGGAUCAUGUCGUCCUAUAAAGAGGUCACUGAGCUGGCUGGAUACACAGCCCGUGUCCACAACAUGUUCCGGGUGUUUGAGGAGGUGCAGAGGGGUGUGUAUAAACGUGCAUUGGUUUCUGCCAAUGCAGCAGCUGGAGAGAAGGAUGGCGGGAAGCCUGAGCUGCACAUUGAUGGUCCACUAGAGAUCAAAGGAAAAGUGAUUGAUGUGGAUAAGGGGAUAAUCUGUGAGAAUGUUCCCAUCAUCACUCCAAAUGGGGAUGUGGUUGUAUCCAGCCUGCACUUCAAGGUGGAGGAGGGUAUGCACCUGCUGAUCACAGGACCGAAUGGCUGUGGGAAAAGCUCUCUCUUCCGCAUCCUUAGUGGUCUCUGGCCAGUGUACUGUGGCAUGUUAUGCAAACCUGCUCCCCAACACAUGUUCUACAUCCCACAAAGGCCUUACAUGUCUAUUGGGACACUGCGAGAUCAGGUGACAUACCCCGACUCUGUGGAGGACAUGUAUGAGAAGGGCUAUAGAGACAAAGACCUGGAAGACAUUCUGGAUAUUGUCAACCUCAAGCACAUCGUCACCCGAGAAGGAGGCUGGGAAGCAGAGGUGGACUGGAAAGAUGUACUGUCAGGAGGAGAGAAGCAGCGGAUGGGAAUGGCUCGGAUGUUCUACCACAAACCCAAAUAUGCCCUGCUGGAUGAGUGCACAAGUGCUGUCAGUAUUGAUGUGGAGGGUAAAAUAUUCCAGGCUGCAAAGGAUGCUGGGAUCUCUUUGCUGUCGAUUACUCACAGGCCGUCACUAUGGAAGUACCAUACACACCUGCUGCAGUUUGACGGUGAGGGAGGUUGGCGGUUCGAGGAGUUGGAUACAGCCACUCGGGUCUCUCUCACUGAAGAGAAGCAGCGUCUGGAGGCUCAGCUUGCCGGCAUUCCCAAGAUGCAACAGAGACUAAAUGAACUGUGUAAGAUCCUAGGUGAGGACUCUGUGCUGAAGACGACUGAGCACAGUGCGGAGGAAUGAGAGACAGACAGAUCGAGUUACUGCACACAUAUCCCGCACGCCAGACAACAGCAACUUUGCCCACCAGGUCUUGACUGGUCAGCGCUUUGAGGCUGCCGUCAACAUUAUCGAUUACAGAGUGAGUUGGGUUCUUGCCACUAACAAUCCCACAAUUCCUUGCACAUUUAUCCAUUACUUGAUAUUAAAAAUGAAUGGGAGGGAAAAAUUCAGUGCGCACGUAUCCUUAUACCAUCCUCAAAACAACUGAGUUCCUGCAGUGUUAAGCCGUGAAUUUUAAAUGUUUGUCAGGCUUUUCUAAAAAAAAUGCCAUUUUCUAGUCCUAUGGGGAUUUUAACAGUGCCUCAGCUAUGUUUUAUCUUCGAGUUCAGAGAUCAUUUUAGCUGUGUUUUUUCAUUAUUGCAGUAUAAUUUGCUGCUACAAAAAAACAAACAAAAAAACGGGAUUGAUUGCAACAUAUUUGUGACUUUUAUGGUUUUUAUUAAUGUAAUUUCAUACUGUGGUAAUGACAGCCCAUGUUUCUUUGAGGAAAAAAUCUUUACCUGCUGUGAUGCUGCGUAUCGCUUUGUUUGUUUUAGGCUCACUAGAAAGUAUUCGGUUCGAGCUUGUUUACGCGAACGCAUCCUUAAUUGUUACCAGGUGAUUUGUCUAGUUUGUUUAGUAGCAGCUAUUUCAGUGAUUACUUGGUGCUAUCAUUUAUAUUCUGCUUGUGUAAGUGAUUGGUUUUAUUAGAAAGCAUUGCUUUUAGCAUUAGACUUUGAGCUUUUCUGGGCUCUGGUUUGAAUAGUUAAAAAGAAAUUGAUCAAAUAUUCAUUAUUUUUUAUCUUUACCUUAUGGUUGUGGUAUGACUUGAGAAAAAACUAUAGGAUGCCUCCCUAUUGUAUGGCACCAUACACACACACACACACACACACACACACACACACACAAAUGAUAUUCAGUGUGGAAAUAGACAAAGACACUGAUCAAUCCUGAGUCAUCUUAGCUCAAGAUCAAACCAGAGAAGCUAGAUCUGUGAGGCAACACUACCCAAUGAUGUACUGUGCUGCACAAUCAUGUUAUUAGGUAUGAUCAUAAUACAUAAUACACAUAUGAUUUACUACCCUGUAAGAUAUUUUCAUUGUGUUGCUUUUUGGAAUCUGGAGUCCAGCAUGGAAGGGAUACAAAGUAAUUUUUCGCCAAGGUCAUGGUGUGACACUGAACACUUUGGUUCAGACCAAAAGCACUUUGGCAAUAACAGAAAAUGGAUCCUGCCAAAUGAUUGGUUUGAUAUAUACAUUGAUGUAGUGUUGCAGGAUUAACUAGAAGACAGAAAAGUGUCUUCAUCUGGAUAAUAUGAUAAGUACUGUACUAGACUGCAGGACCUAUCGACACCCCAUUCAUCUUUAACCCAGACAGAGCCUUAGAUUUUAAUAAGGUCACAGUUUAUGUUUAUGAUUAUGAAUUGCUCAAACAUGUCUAUCUUCUGAUGGACUGAUAUACUGUGAAUUUUGUCUUUGUUGACUUAAUGAUGUCACUGACAUGAGCAAAUACAACUCUCAAGUUAGACAUUAUCACGUUGGACUGCAUAUACUGUAGUUUAGGGACAUUUAGAUUAGAAAAUAUUUUCUGCUUUGCAUUAGAAACUCACAAAUUUAGAAAUUUUACGUGCCCUUUUAUUUACUGAAUAAUUGUUUCUGGAUGCCAGAAGCAUUACCAUACCAUCAGAUAGCAUCUUCAUUUCUGGUUUCAGUAUCUGUAUGAAGGCCAAUCUAUUCAGUAAAUUGUGAUAUUUACAUACCAUUCAUUUCAAUUAUGUAAUUCUGGAAUUGUAAAUAGACAAAAUUUUGAUAUGUUGGAAAUUUAUUUGAUAUCCUACAGUAUCUUCAGACUCACUUAUUUUUUUGCCCAAACAGGAGUAUCAGAGACGUUUUUGAAUACAGUCAGCAUGCUUUUGCGAAGCCUUUUUCAGGCACUUUCUGCAUUUUUAUCCCGCAGAAUAUGUAUAUCUUCUUUAUAAUAUAACCGGGAAUGGAUGGAGCCGUCAUUACGCAUGUCAUGAUACUCCUAUAUUUGGUCUACCAGAAAUUUUUCACAAUAUGUGAAUAUGUUUAAGAUUUGCCUGUUUAGUAUAUAAAGAAUGAGCUGAAAUGUUCAGUAUCCAGUAAUCAAGCAAUUAAGCAUCUACAUGUGUACAGAUGGUCUUAGUUAUUAAAAGCCUGUACUUCA